GAACAGAUUUAAACAAUUUCGAAAAUUUCAGUUCAUGCUUUUUUCAAAGCUUGUUCAGCGUUUACCUCUGGUUAAUCAACGAUUGAUAUCGGCUGUAAUAAUGAGUGAUGCAAGUAAAAAACAAAACAACACGAAGAGACGCCCACAAUCUGGUUAUAGAAAUAGAAAAAACUCCAAUAAAGAUGAAGCACAAGGAAGGCAAAGCCACGCACAACAAUCAAGAAACAUGCACACAACCCCUAAAUCUAAUAUUUGGCCCAGCAACAAUCAUAGAUGUGUAUUGUUUUUCCACCAGGAUGAAGCUUUGUCAUUAACUGACAUCAAAACAAUCUUGCAGCCUUUGGGCGGACAGAUUAUCGCAAUGCGGCGCAAAAUUUUGUCAAAUAAUGUUAUGUCCACUGUUGAAAUGUCAACCGCCGAGCAAGCAGAAAAUAUUUGGAAAAAUCUGAAAGAAAAUAAACCGAAAGGAGUUCACACUGUUGUUCCUGAUAUGAUGCACAAAGUAAUUGAAAGGUAUGAACCUUACUGGGAUGAAGAUCGCAUAAAUAAUGGCUUGGAAGAUGGUUCCCUUAUUUCUGGUUCAUUAAAAAUGAAUCCAAGACAAUAUUUUACGUCCUACAUUAGUGAUGGAAAAAACCCAGACAUUUUACUUGAUUCUGUUGUUGCCCGCAAUCGGGCUUUAUCAGGUGAUGUUGUUGCGGUUAAACUUCGUUCUCCGGAUAAAUGGUUGAAUGUCAAGGGUGAUAAAGGCGUUGAAGUGGUUUCAGAGUUCAUGAGUAAUCUGUCAGUAUCUAGUGAUAAACCUGUUCAAAAUAAAAACAGUGGAAAAAAGACAAAAACCGGGGAUGUAGUGGGAAUUUUGGAAAAAAGGCACGGCCGUGUUUGUGUCGGAUUUUUGAAAGAAAUUAGGAAUGAUAAAGUAUUAUUCACUCCAGUAGAUCAUUGUGUUCCACGUAUUUUAAUUCCUAUUGACCAAUGUCCACCUGAAUUUCUCAAGCGGGGCGGCGAUUUUGCUGAUAAACUUUUUAUGGCUUCAAUAGUGAAAUGGGAUGACAAUGACAUGUUUGCACAAGGUGAAUUAUCAAAAUAUAUUGGAGAUCGAGGAGAAAUUGAACCGGAAACAACUCGUAUUUUACUUGAACAUGGUGUGGAUCAUUCAGCAUUUCCACAAACUGUGAAUGAUUCGUUACCGGUGGAUUUACCUUGGAAAGUUCCACAGCAAGAAUAUUCAAAUAGAAGAGACUUAACAAAAGAAUGUAUAUUCACCAUUGAUCCUGCCACUGCCAAGGAUUUAGAUGAUGCAUUGCAUUGCAAAAAGAUUGGUGACGAUUUGUAUGAAGUUGGUGUUCACAUUGCUGAUGUUAGUCAUUUUGUAAAGCCCAGAACAGAGGUUGAUGACAUUGCAGCCAAACGAUGUACGAGCGUAUACUUGGUGCAAAGAGUUAUACCUAUGUUGCCUACUCUCUUAUGUGAAGAGUUGUGCAGUUUGAAUCCAGGAAAAGAUCGAUUAACUUUCUCAGUAAUAUGGAAAAUGACAAGUGAUGGGAAAAUUGUUGACGAAUGGUUCGGGAAGACUGUGAUUCAUUCUUGCAUUAAAAUGAGUUAUGAGCAUGCGCAGUCCUUCAUUGAAAAUCCAGAGAAGGAAUUUGAUGAAAAGGAAUUUCCUGAGAUAAGUGCAAGCUAUAGUUUGAAAGAGAUAAGAACCAAGGUCCUUGAUUUACAUAAAAUAAGUCAGUCGCUCCGAAGUCAAAGAUUUGAUGAUGGUGCCCUAAGGCUUGAUCAGAUUAAACUUUCUUAUACUCUUGAUAAGGAAACUGGAAUGCCAAAUUCAUGUUUUACAUAUGAAUACAAAGCCAGUAAUGCGCUCAUUGAAGAGUUCAUGCUUCUUGCCAAUAUGGCUGUUGCAACAAAGCUACGAAAUUCUCUCCCGGAUCAUGCAUUUUUGAGGUGUCAUCCUGAACCCAAAGAUGAUAUGUUAAAAAACAUUGCAACAUAUUGUAGUGAAAAUGGAUGGAAACUCGAUGUGUCUUCUUCAAAAGCCCUUGCGGAUUCACUGAGAGCUGCAGCUGAAAGUGACGAAUUGGCAGAUCAUUGUAUCUUAGGACUCCAAAUGCUUGCUAUCAAACCACAAGAAUUAGCAAUUUAUUUUUGCACUGGCUGUGUCGAUGACGAGGAAAAAUUUCGACAUUAUGCUUUGAAUGUACCGCUGUAUACCCACUUUACAUCACCUAUCAGAAGAUAUGCUGAUGUCAUUGUUCAUCGACAACUUUCUGCAGCACUUGGUGAUACCGGAGAUAUAGAGCUUGCAAGUAUGUCUUCCCAGGAUCUCCAGAAACAAGCUGAUGCUUGCAAUGUCCGCAAAAGUGAGGCCAAGAGAGUGCAAGACUUGAGUACUCAAUUGUUCUUCUACGCUCUUGUGAAAGGUAUUGGAUCACUUGAAGCUGAGGCUGUUGUAAUGUAUGUUUAUGAUCACUCUUUCGAUGUGCUUUCAAUCAAAUAUGGACAAGUGCAUCGAAUUUAUUUGGACGCCAUGCCUAUUGUUGGAUCAAAAUUAAUAAAACUUAACACUGAGAUCGAGUUACUGUGGCCAUGUGUUAAAUCAGAGCAAUACAAACUAACAAAUGAUGAAAAGGCACUUAAAAAGAAAGGGAAGCUGAAGUUGCCGAAGUAUAAUGAGACGAUCACACAAAAAAUUAAAGUAUUUUCAACUGUAGAUAUUGUGCUUGAACCUAACACAAGAACUUGCCAAGUUUAUGCUUUUCUCAGACGGCCAACAGACGCCUGAAUCAAUUAUCAUUUUUUGUGCAAAUCAUUGGUUAUAAUUAGUAUGAUAAAGCAUAAUAUGAUCCUUUAGAUAGUGAAAAGCAAAGGGCAUUUUAUCAUCAGAAUCAUUUCGCUGAUUAUUUGAUUUAAAAUAUUGACUUUCAAAUGAAUUUUAGAAGUUUUUUCAUUUAUAAUAUGAAUAUUAAACUGACUGAAAUCCCUCAAUGGCAUGCUCGUUUCCAGUUUUUAUAUUGGUAUCUCAGAUAGCAGAAGGGAUCGAAGCACACUCCUUGUUUUUAAUAGCCUAUUCAACUAUAUUCAAUUUCAUCUCAUUGUGGCCGUAAGGGAAUGUGAUAUAUAACUAACUAUUUGAAAGAACAAUGAAUUUGCUGCAAUUUUUAUAGUAGUUUAACGAAUUAUGUUAGAUUAUUCUAAGUUCAAUGGCAUUUUAUUCUUCCAAACCCCAGUUAUGGGAACAAUCCAUGUUGUAUUAGAUGAUCCAAAUCAUUUCAUGGACUUUACUCGCUAUAGAAUAAUCUAAAUCGUAUUCUGAUAAACGAUAUUACAAUGCAAUGUACAUGUACCAUUUUA